AAAUCCACUUCUUUUUCAUCAUCGGCCUCCUCAUCCAACCAUGAGCAUUACCAGGCUUACUCAGCCGAUCAGAACACACAGGCAGAUUUCCAGCAUGAUUCUGAUCCAACAGCAGAGGGGACAAACAUUGGUGACCAGGGGCAGGACGAGGGGUAUGAGACAGAGGAGCAGCUGCAUGCUCAACUCUUGACUGCUGCUCUGGAGUUUGUCCCACAGCACGGCUGGUCUAUGGAAGCUAUUGCAGCCGGUGCAGAGUCUCUGGGUUUGUCCUCGGCUUCCACUGGUAUGUUCUCCAAUGGAAUGGGAGAUUUGGUCCUACAUUUCAUCGCCCAGUGCAACGCCAAUCUGACAGAGAUUCUGGCUGAACAACACAAUCAGGUCCAGCAGGGCCAGGUUGAACCAAAGCAGACUGCAGAGUUUCUAAAAGAUGCAAUAGAGACCCGACUGCGGAUGUACAUCCCCUACAUUGAAACAUGGCCACAGGCGAUGAGCAUCUUGCUCCUUCCUCACAACAUCCCUGACAGUCUGAAGCAUCUGUCCACCAUGGUGGACAACAUCUGGUACUACGCCGGAGACCGGUCCACAGACAUGAACUGGUACACCAAGCGGGCUGCACUGACUGGCAUUUUUAACACUACAGAGCUAGUAGUCGCUUCAGGCUUCGGCUUCAGUCGUUGGCAGCUCCAGUCGAGCCUUAUAUCCCUCCUCCUCUGCGCUGUUACAAAUGCCAAAGAUACGGUCACAUUGCAGCAGUGUGCAAAGGGAAGCAAAGAUGUGCAAAGUGUGGUGGAGAUCAUAGGUAUGAUGAAUGUGGGAAAGAUGUACAGUUGA